AUGUCGUCUUGGCGUUCCCGCUCUUCUGUUCCCGGCGUGUCCCUGCGCUCACGCCCUGACCGGAAGCUUGUUGGGGAUCGAACAACCAAGGCGCGACUGAACACGUACCAAGUUACCGAGUCCCAGUUCGCUGAUGAUGCCGCUAUAUACACCACAUCAAGAGAACAUCUGGAGACCCUGGCAAACGAGUUCAUCGCCUGUGCCUCUCAGUGGGGUCUCACUGUCAGCAUCGCCAAGACAAAGGCCAUAGCAGUCGGCCCGGGGGACCUACAACCUGAUGUCGUCCUCGAUGAUGGUGGGGUUGUGGAGAUGGUCUCCGGCUUUACUUACCUCGGUAGUGUGGUGAGUUGCGAUGGGUCACUGGACGUGGAGAUCACCUCCCGCUUGGCCAAGGCAUCUCGUGUGUUUGGUUGCCUCCUGACCCCGAUUUUCCGGUGCCGGGGUUUAUCCAUCGGCAUUAAGUGCAUGGUAUAUCGCGCUUUUGUCCUGAGCACUCUGUUCUACGGUGCAGAGACAUGGGCUGUGAAGGCUACCCACGUCCAUCGGCUGACCGUCUUCCAUCGCUCCUGUAUUCGGUCUAUCCUCGGUGUAUCGCGGAUCCAGCAGUGGGAGGACAGGCUCACAUCGGCAGAAUUGGGCAGGCGAUUUGGCAUGUCUCUUGACAUCUCCGAUUUGCUCCGACAGCAUCGUCUGCGCUGGCUGGGGCACAUUGCCCGUAUGGAGGAACACCGCACUCCGCAGCAGAUGGUAUUUGGCGAGUUAUAUGCCACUCGCCCCCGCCACGGUCCGAAGAAGCGAUGGCGUGACGUUGUUGUCACUGAUCUAGCUGCGGCACAGAUCGGAGAGGGAGAAUGGUUCCAUCAAGCCCAGGAUCGCCCAACCUGGAAGCGGUUGUGUCGUCAGCAGCCUCCUCCACCCGGACCGAAAGAGUUCCGUUGCGCAUGUGGCCGUCCCUUUGGCCGCAUUGGGGACCUGAAGAGGCACGCCCCCCACUGCCGCGUCUGA